AUGCAAAUACUCAAUAGUCUAUUGGUAUUAUCAGCUGCUGAUGACAGUGAAAACUCCAUCGUUGGUACUUGGUCUUCAAAAUCAAAUACUGUGUUUACAGGUCCAGGUUUUUUCGAUCCAGUUGAUGAAUUAUUGAUUGAACCUUCAUUGCCAGGUGUUUCAUAUUCAUUUACAGAGGAUGGUCAUUUUGAAGAAGCUUUAUAUCGUAUCACUUCAAAUCCAAAAAAUCAUUCAUGUCCUUCAGCUGUUUUAAUUUAUCAACAUGGUACUUAUGAAACUUUAGAUAAUGGUACUAUAGUUCUGACUCCAAUUGAUAUUGAUGGUCGUCAAUUAUUAUCACAACCUUGCAAAGAUGGUGGUGCUUCAACAUAUUCACGUUACUCGCAAAAGACCACUUUUAUAAAACACGCUGUUAUAGUUGAUGAUUAUCAUGGACGUUAUAGAUUAAACUUAUAUGAAUGGGAUGGUACUCCAGUGCAACCUUUAUAUUUGGCUUAUAGACCUCCAUUAAUGUUGCCAACUGAAACUUUGAAUCCAACUGAUAAUGCUGAUACUCGUCCAACUGGCCAAAGUUUGAAGAGAAGAGUUAGAAGAUCUUUGGAAAACAAGAAUAGAACUAAAGCUAUCCGUAAAUCUACAUUUGAUCAUGAUUUCUGGUGGUAUGCUUCUAUUGGGUUAGUUUCUGUUGGUUCAUUGGGUUAUUUCUUUAUGUGA